UGUAUGUCUAGAGCCCGCGGGGGGAUGACGUGACGCCGGCCUUCCUCACUAAUUUAUCGAUUCCACAUCUAUGACGCCCUGUACCAGAUAUUUGUGGCUCGCGAGGCUCAUGUGCAGUGUUCCCUUAGUGAAAUAAGAGCCACAGUGAGGGAGGAGCCGCACUGUGAAAUGAGUGUGUUAGGAGAGUGAGGGAGAGGUGAGGGUGUUGUGUGUGUGUGUGUGUGCGUGUGUGUGUGUGUUUGAAGGUUGUGAGAGGUGAGAGGUGAGGGUGUGUAUAGUCUUUUUAAACCCCCUCAUCACCUGAACCUUCACCCAAACCUAACCUAACCUCAUUGCAAGAGAAGGAGCGAACCAGAAAAGAGAGAAGUGAAAAGAAAGAACGAAAAAAAAACAAAAAAAAAACAAACAAGAGGUCAAGUUUACACACAGGGUCACACUCCCCAACCACCACCACCACUACCCCUGCGAUGCCCCCGUCAGCGCUGCCCGUGGGACCCCAGUAACCACACCCCAUGACCCGCGGGGAGUUGGGUGGCGGUAGCAGUGUCGGGGACUGAUGGGUUGGGGGCGGAGUACCCGGGGGGCGGCAGGGGGAGCUCGUCACAAGGCCUCGUCCCCUAGGUAGGGUCACACACCCCCAUGGAGAACAAGAAGAAGAGAGGCGGCGCUGUGGAGAAUGGAGACACCUUUCCUUGCCCCAAAGCCCCGCCCCAGCAUCCCCCGCCCCCCGCCCCGCCGCCCCAGAGCCCCCAGGCGGCGGCGGGUCAGCCCAGUCUGUGCACCAUCUUGUAUGACUAUGAGGCGCAGGGAGACGAUGAAUUGAGCCUACGUCACGGGGAGGUCAUCGAGGUCUUGAGCCGUGACGUAAAAAUUUCUGGUGACGAAGGAUGGUGGACUGGCAAGAUAAACGGCAAGGUCGGCAUCUUCCCCUCGAACUUCGUGCAGAACGUACGAGACCUGGAACCGGUGGAGAUAGACUUCAACGAGCUGGGUCUGGAGGAAGUCAUCGGGGUGGGGGGCUUCGGGAAGGUGUAUAGGGGCACUUGGAAGGGUCAGGAGGUGGCGGUGAAGGCGGCGCGGCAAGACCCAGACGAAGACAUAAGCGUUACUAUAGAAAACGUGAGGCAAGAGGCCAAGCUGUUUUGGCCCCUAAAGCAUGAGAAUAUUGUGGCACUGAAGGGCGUGUGUCUCCAGGAACCCAAUCUGUGUCUGGUGAUGGAGUAUGCCCGGGGCGGCUCCCUCACGCGGGUGCUGCAGCAGAGGAAGGUCAUUGGGCCCUCCGUGCUCACCGACUGGGCCAUUCAGAUCGCCAGGGGCAUGAAUUACCUUCACAGUCACGCCCCUGUUAGGAUUAUUCACAGGGAUCUUAAGUCGUCUAAUGUACUUUUGAGCGAGAGCAUUGACAACAACGACCUUCAGUUCAAGACUCUCAAAAUCACAGACUUUGGCCUGGCGCGGGAGGUUUCCAAGACUACCAGGAUGUCCGCGGCAGGCACCUAUGCUUGGAUGGCACCAGAAGUUAUCAAGACAUCCACUUUCUCUAAGGCAUCGGAUGUGUGGAGCUACGGGGUGUUACUGUGGGAGCUGCUGACAGGCGAGUCUCCCUACAAAGGCAUAGACACGCUGGCCAUCGCGUACGGAGUGGCCAUGAACAAGCUUUGGCUGCACAUCCCCGCCACUGUGCCUGAGGCGUGGAGGAAGCUCAUGAAAAGUUGCUGGGAGCUGGACCCCCAUGCACGCCCAACCUUCAUCGACAUCCUGAAGAAGCUGGACGAGAUUAGUCGCUCUAAUUUCACGCAGACGCCACACGACAGUUUCCACACCAUGCAGGGACACUGGAAGCUGGAGAUUGAGGAAAAAGUCAACGAGAUAAGGAUGAAGGAGAAUGAUCUCCGGUGCAGGGAGGAGGAGGUCCGACGCACGCUGGUGAAACAGAAGCAGAUCGCGGAGCAGCUGAAGAAGAGAGAACAAGAGCUACACAACAGAGAGAUGGAUUUACUGCAGCGGGAGAUCUCCAUCGCCAUCCAGCAGUCCUCUAAGCCAACACCCAAGAAACGCAAGGGGAAAUUCAAGAAGAAGCUGCUCACCAAAUCACACCAGAUCUCCGCCCCAUCAGAUUUCCGGCAUCACAUCACAGUGCAGCCAACCGCUGGUGUUGUUCUUAACCCCACAAGCCCUGACAGCCCGCCAGGCUCCCCUAACCUGCCCAGACUGAAGGCCAUUGCAUUAUGCUCACUAGAAAACCUGCCAUGCCAACCUAGCAUACUUUGUAAUAUUUUAAAGUACCAAAUACCAGCAGACGGCGUGAAGGGCAAGACUUGGGGGCCCAGCACAGCACACCAGAAGGAACGCGGCCACAUCAUCCCACACCACCACGACACCAAUCAGAAGCGCUGGAGUAAGUCUGCACCCAAUCUUGAGAAGCCCCUGCGGCCCAUCCCGUACUCCACCACCAUGAUGGGCCUCAACCAGAUCACAGCGUACGGGCCAGAGAUCGCUGGCAAUGGAUAUUACUACAUGCCAGAGUCAGCACAGGAUGACUGGCAAGCCAUCUUGGACAUUACUGAUUACAGUGGUGUGGAGGACGGUGGGGGCCUGAGUGGCAAGCCAGUGCCCCUGCGUCCCCUGCCGGUGCCCACCCUGUAUAACGGCACCACACCAGAGACCAAGGGGCAGCUCCCAAAGUUCUCGCCGCUGGAGCUCCUUGUGUACAAUAUUGCGGCAAUGCUGGCGAGCGUGGCGGCCGGCUAUGACGUGCGGCUGUCCAACGUGACAGCCGUGCAUCCCAGACUGCUACCUGUCAAGCCACAGGAGGAAGACUCAGACUACCAGCAGUGGUUAGGCUUGACAGAGUAUGAAUUCUCCUCCCCCUCCGGCUAUGCACAUAACACCUACCAUGGCCCUUCUCGCCAUGCCCGGCCUGCCCUGGUGCUGGAACCCAAGCCACUGCGGUUCACCGACUCCCCACAGCAUUUUGUGAGUGAUCCCGGGGCCCUACCUCCUGCCCAGCACCCAACAAGGAGAAAGUCUUCCUCUGCUAGUAAUGACAGUGAGCAGCAGGUGACAAGCUACAGCAGCAGCCAGCGUCCCUACAUCCCCGGGCCGGCAGACUACAUCCGGCCGGACUAUCGCAGCGACCAGAUGCUGGUAUGGGGGCCGGUGGGAGGGGAGCAACACGCUGCAGCCCCCACCUCCUCCUCCUCCUCCUCCAAGGUGCCCCCGCUGUCCCCCAAGCCCGAGGCGGAGGUGUACCGUAGUGAGGGGCACUACGCACAGUACUCCAUCGAGCACCGCGGGGAGCCCCUGGGGUACUACUACAGCAGCCAUGGGGCGCCGCCGGAGUACCUGGCCAGUGUGCAUUAUGAGCAGAGGGUGUACCCACCCUAUGUCAUGCGGCACGCAGCAGCAGCAGCGGCAGCGGCAGCCGGGGUGGAGGGCGGAGGAGGAUACCACGCAUAUGACAACCCCUCCACCUCAGUGUCUUCCUCCUCCACCUCCACCAACCCCCACACCCCCUCCAGGCUCAACCUGCACCACCGCCGCACCCCCUCCUCCGUCUCCAAUGCCUCGUCCUCCUCCUCCAACAUCAACCCCUCCUUCAAGCUGGAGGACGAGGGGGACAGCUCGUACUCCACACCCACACACCGCAGCGGCCACCUGGAGCUGCAUCCUGGCCCCGCCCCGCCACCCCGCGUGUCCCGCCAGAACUCCCACGACACGGAGCGUUCCUCGGAUCGGCCCGGCUCCCUGGACUUGCCGCGACACCACCACACUCGCUCCUCCCUCAGGAAGUACAACUACUCCCUCGGCCGGAGCUCCCCCAAGCCCCGGAGUGGGUCAGGGGGCUCCGGGGGCGGCACCCCCACCAACCCCACCCCACCGGACAGCAUGACCAGUGAGGACAGCAGCUAUGUCAGCGCCCCGGAUGUGUACUCCACCCUCUCUGGUGGCUCAGGGGGCAACUCCACGGGGCGGGUGAGGUUCUCACCAGCCACACAGGUGCUGGAGGGCCUGGUGGGGCGCCACACUCUGCUGGACAUGCCGGUGGAGGGGCAGAGCCAGGACACCACCGUGCCACUGACUGCCGUGCGCCAGGCCAUCCGCCAGCAGGAACAGCAGAAGCAGGCAGGCCACCAUCACCCUCACCACCAUCACCACCACCACCACUUCUCCCACCAAUCCAACUCAUGGACGGCCUUCGAUGAUGGGAGUGACGAGAGAUUGUAGCGCCCCGCGGGGCAGGUGGGAGGGCCGGCGCCGGCGCUGCCUUGGCGCCCCGGCCCCGCACGGCCCCCUCGGCCCAGCACAGCCUGAGAGUCCUGCAGGCUGCAGUGCUGAGUGCCUGAGGGAGAAGGGAGGGCUGGGGCAGGGGAUGUGAGGGCCGCUGUGGUCCUGCUCCUUGGCCGCCGCCGCCCCGAGCCUCAGCCGGCGCGGCCAGGCUGGCCAAACCGGCGGUGUACAUAGUAGUGGUGUCUAGUUAUUUCUACUAGGUCAGAAUUGAUAUAAUUCCUAUGAAGUCACAACUACUGUGAUCCUUGGGCAGCCUUUGUGUAACACUUCACCUGCAGCAACAGGAAGCAGCAGCAGGUGGCAGCAGCAGCAGCAGCAGCAGCAGCAGCAGCAGCAGCAGCAGCAGUAGGAGGAGGAGGGGCGGCGGCACGUCACGACCCAAGGCAGGACACUGUUCACUGUUCUGGCACUACCAUUGCUUCUUCACCCCAAGACUGUGUGUGUGUGUGACAACAAAACGCAAGGUGGCGGCCUUGCUGGCGUGGUGCGGCUGCUGCCGCUGCUGGUGGGGAGGCUGUGAGGACCCGGCGUGCAAUACCCUUGGUAGUCAGGAGGCAGGGGGCGAGAGGCCUGCUGGGGGGUGGCCUGUUAUGGCUUUGUGUCAGGCCUUCACUCUGACGUCUGUUAAGAGCUGCCUGUCCCUUUUGAUGUGUUUUAGCCUUGAAUCUGUUGUAGGUGGGCUGCCCAUCUUUUUAAUGUAUCUUAGCGAGGAAUUUGUUUAGGAUGUGCCAUACGAGAUGCCAUGUUCUACUAGUGCCUGUUUUAAAAGUAGUAUUUUCUCCCUUUAUUAACAGUGAUCUCUAGGAAAUUUGGUAGACACUUUCCUUUAGAGCUGAGUUUUUUGUAAGGUUUAAAUUCCGUUAUCAUUCCUGACCAAGGUUUUGCUCCGGACAGACGAGGAGAGCGGCAGUGGCGGCGGUGACCCGGUGCCACAGGGCACAUGGGGCGCCCAGCCAGCCAUGCCACAGCUGACCAUGUAGCCUUGCCUGCAACCCAGCCUCAGUGCACGCAUGUAUGCACACACACAGACAAACAGACACCUGAUUGAAAUAACGUUUACUCACACAUACACACACUCACUUGAUUGAAAUACACACACACACACACACACACACACACACACACACACACACACACACACACACACACACACACACACACACACACACACACACACACACACACACACACACACACACACACACACACACACACAACCAAUGGCCUUCCUGGUUAGUGAGUGGAGUGAGUGAGUUAAGUAACUGAGCACGGACGCAUCACACUGACUAGUAGCAGAACAUAGUAGGUGCUUGAUGUGAUGCCAGGCGUUAGCUGAGCCACUCGUCUGUGAUGCUACUACUACUACUACUACUACUACUACUACUACUACUACUACAACAGGGGGUCAGGAAGGCUGGUAGGGCGAUAGUCUUGAUAGUCUUCCUGUUGGUUCAGUCUUCACUCACUAUCUUAUCCCCCACUCAAAAAGUUCUUUGCAUGAUCGAACGCCUCCCAGAUUUGUCGGUCGGGCACGGAUGAUGUUGAUUUUAUUUUUGUAUUUAUGGAGGAGUGGAUUAGCCCUGUAGUUAGACGGUUUUGAUACCCAAGUGAGAGGAGGAGGAGGAGGAGGAGGCGCAGCGAGAGUGAGCCUGCAGGGAGGUGUUGAGCACAUAACAGUCUGGUUCACUCUUGGUUUGAUCCUGCUUGCCCUGCCCUGUCUUGCUACACCGCCAGACACUUGGUAUAUCCCUCAUGCAAACACUCACACACCAGCCACCACCGUUCAUUUCACCAACCCUGCCAAGCCUAACGCGCCACGUCCCCACCACAAGACAACCCGAUCACCACAUAGAACAGUAGAUGAAAGCUGAAUGACGGCGUAAAGCAUGAUAUAUAUAAAUGAAAAAAAUAUAUAUAUACAUAAACAUAUACUAUACAUAUAAUAAUGACCUUGUGGAUAAUCUGUUUUCCUUUCCGAACUUGAUAUAUUUACCUUAAUGAAUACAAGUUCCUAUAUCCAAGGCCAUGUAUCGUUAACAGUACUAGACCAGGUGGCGGAGGGGGGGAGGGAGGAGGCCAGCGAGACACCCACCUGCUCAGGAGAGGUUGGUCAACGUAGACACCCCUCACUGUGCAUCUCAGUAAUCACCACAGCUGUUAUAAGGACCAUUGUUGUUGUUGUUGUUGUUAUCACUGUCAGAGCAGCGCCACCACCACCACCACCACCCAGUCAGUGUGUCAGCCGAGGGUGCCAGUCAGCGUGUGGUGCCAGGAGGCCGUGGUGUGCCGUGGUGAAUGCUUGACUCGCUCCUCAAGCCUCCAGUAUUGCAUUCCGCUUGUUUCCACAUCUUGCGUCUCGCCUUGAAACAGCUUACUUCCAAAUGUCUGCCAUUUUCUCCCUCCCCAAGUAAUUUAUUUUGUGUCAUUAGUUCCAGGAGUUACUCGACGAUAUAGACAAUAUGGAACGUAAGAAAGAGCAAUAAUAUUGGUUCUCUCUCUCUCUCUCUUGACCCGUAAGAAAGGUUCGUUGUCUUAAGAAUGGUUCGUUCUGUUAAUUCCGUUCUGUACUGUCGAGGCUGAUGAUGUAACAGUGAGUGCAUCAUUCAGGCCUGUGCUGUCACUGGUUGAUCACUGGGCAGGUGUGGCAAAACACAGUGUGACGCACCAGCACAGCCCUGAGGUCCCGUGCUUCUGGUGGAGGGCUGUGGAGGUGGACCAGAUGGCAGAGGACUUGUUUCCUGACAAUAUCCAUCACGGAGAGUAAAAAAACCUGACCCUUGAUGCAUCACCCAAACCUGUGAUGCCCUGGACUUGACUCACCACUCGCUGUGGAGGGAAGGAAGCUUGGAGUCCUGCAUUGCAAAGAGGAAUGACUGAAGAAGGCAGCUUGGAGGGUGGCAAGGACUACUGUUGUCUCAGGAAUGGCCGUGCACAGGCAAAGAUAGCGUACUACUAGAAAUGUUUGAAGGAGAAGCUACAUGCAUAUCCAAAGAAGAUUAUUGAUUAUUUCCCCUUUGGCCAGAUAUUGGAGUACAGUGCCUGGUGAUGGCUACACUUAAUACUCCAGUUAAUUCCCUAGAUUCUCUUUAUUUGAGGAGGAAGAGAGGAGGAGUUAAGAAUGAAGGGCUUAGGAGCAGGGAGGUCAGCUUGUCCUAUCCUACACCUUUGUCCCUUGCGGCUGCAGGGUGUACCAUAGAUGAUGAGGAGUGGAGUGGUGUGUUGCCCUCCUCUGGGUUCCCUUGUGGUUCCCAGGGUUCCCUCAACACAUCCUCUGCAGCAUCCCUGGCAGUGUUGUGAGGAGGAGGUCUGGUGAGGAUUGCAAGUAGCCACAAGGCAGGAGUGUGGUCGUGUGUCAGUCAGUUACAAAUAAAACCUUUUCACGUUUAGUCUAAUCUGAAUGUAAUUUCUUCCGAGGAUACUCAGCCUCGUGUGUGUGUGUGUGUGUGUGUGUGUGUGUGUGUGUGUGUGUGUGUGUGUGUGUGUGUGUGGCAUUAACACUUGUGCCUCUCUCUCCACUCUCGCACAGACAUGCUCGUUAACAUUAUCUAAUCCUCUGAGUUAGUUGACCGUCACUAACAUAACCUUCCCUCUAUCUUUCUUUUGUAUUGAUGGUGAGGUGCGUGGAGGCAGUCGGGGUGUGUGUGUGAUGGUAUGCACUCUGCUGUGCCGGACUGACUGUGGCCGAGUGUACCUGUCAUGCCUGGGCUGUGGAGUGACAGGGGCAUGACUGGGAGUUCUCUUGGUUAGUGGUAACAUUCCUUGACGCUGGGGUAGCCAGUGAACUGUGAAGUGUGUGUGUGUGUGUGUGUAAGUUAUUAUAGUCCUGCUCCUGUGCCAGAGUUGACCAGAAAUAGUGUUGAGCUUAAUGAAACAAAACCAAUCUCAUGUUUGCAGGGGAACAGUAAUUGCUCAUUGUCAACCAAAUAUACUUUGUGACAAGCGAGAUAUCAACUUGUCGAGAGUCAGGCAAGGAUGCUUUUCACUGAGCUGUGUGAGUGAGUGUGUAAGAGAGAGAGAGAGAGAGAGAAUGAGUUGAGCACCACACUCACACAGGAGCCAAGGCACCAGCAGUCUUUUUCAAUCAGUAAUAAUGCAAAGACAAUAAUUGAGACUAAGUGUUUAUACUGUAAGAAGAAUAUUCCUGUUAGGUCUGUGAAAAUGGAUAGGGAAGAGGAGGAGGAUGAGGAGGAAGAGGAGGAGGAGGAGAAGGAGGCGGCGGCUCAUUUUCCAUACCCAGCAUCGUGAAGGGGGGAGGGAGGGAGGGAGGGUGGGCGGGCAGCAGCAGUAGCAGUGGGGUGUGUUUGUGAUAUAAACUGAUUCUUCUUCCCAGUGACGCUGUUUGUGGGAUAGUUAAACACAGCCUUAUUUUGUCACUCACGUACACAACUCAAAUUGUGUAUUUUUAAAAGAAACCACCAUUAGAUGACUGGGUAUUGUAACUAUAUUAUGAUGACUACUACUACUACUACUACUACUACUACUACUACUACUACUACUACUACUGUACUACUACUACCAUUACUACUACUACUUUGUGUCAAGAAAAGGAAAAUAUAUGUAAGAGUUCCUGUAACAAAGUCCCUAAUUGUAUUUUGUGUAAACUCUAAUCUGUUCUGUUAAUUUGAGGUGUUGAGAGAAGAGAGACUAAAACAUUCACCAAAAAUAGAAAAAAAAGUCAAGAACCAGCUGGGAAAAAAAAAAAACAUAUUGUAUAUCCAGGAACCAGUGCCCAUUAGUUAGUACAUUCCUUGCAGUGUUUCUAAUAUUGUUCAUUUGUGAGAACUGAUGCACACACACACACACACACACACACACACACACACACACACACACACACACACACACACACACACACACACACACACACACACACACACACACACACACACACACACACGUACGUUUUUCUCCCUCCCUCUCCUCCCUUGCCCCCCCAUGUGAGUGAUGGCACGGGGCUGUGGCAGGGAGGAGGCUGUGGAGUGUUGAAUGUACAGGGAGAAAAAUGUGUACUGGUGUUUGUUGAAUAGAUAGUAAUAUUUUUGUUUCUUUGUUUGUUUGUGUGUUAGGAGCACCAUUCUAUCUUGUGCUAUGUAAUGCCACUGACUUGUAUGAUCAUGUGGUGUGUAUUCUGGCCUGUGUGUGUUGAUGGAAAGGAAGGAAUAAUGUGAAGAAAGUGUCGAGAUAGUAUUAUUUUUUUGUCAUUUCAUUGUUCAUUGCCAGACUAAGAUGGAACAAUAAGUAUGUGUUUAUUUAUUUAUGUAUUUAUUUUUUUCAGUGAAUUUCAUCAUUUGUUGUUUUAUUGAUAUUGAAAAUAUAAAGGAAUAAUGAACAGAAAAUCUUAAGACACUAAUGUUUCUUGUCAUGUCGACGUUUUGGCCACUCAGUGCAGAAACAGAAUGAAACGACGUGUGUGUUUUUCUCAGGCAGUGUGUCAGUUGGUGUUUAUUUUGACUACAAUAUUUUUUUACGUACAAGAUUUUUUUCCAGUCACAUUAUUAUUACCAUCAUCGUCAUCACCAGGGAAAUGUUACAGCGAUCUCGAGAGUGCUUCCGUCAAGAGUGUAUGUGUGUGCGAGUGUGCGUGUGUGCUUGCCAAACCUCCCCUGUGAGUGUAACAUGUCUUUUGUGAGAGUGUAGGCAUGUGUAGUGGGAGUGUAGCCACGUUCUGAGAGAGAGUUUUGUGGGAGUUUUCAAGCCAUGUCUAAGUAGCGAGAGGACAGACGCACAUGUGACCAAACAAAACGAAGUGAGGAGUUUUUGCAGCCUUGUCUUGUGAGAGUAAACAAAACAAGUGAGGGGAGAUUUUUAAGCCGCGUAGUGAGAGCUUACCCAUAUCUUGUGAGGAUAUAACCAUAUUUUGUGACAGUACAGGUAUGUUUAGUAACACCACACUAAACAAAGUGAGCGUGGAAACCAAAUCCGUUGAAAAAAUAAACACAUCUACCUGACCAAGCUGUAAGACCCACACCUCACCUGCUGUGCCCUGGGUGAGGCUGGGUCCCCUUCCCUCCCCUCCCCCACCCACUCUCCGUCUCCCCUCAGUGCUCCAUCAUGUGGCAGGCUGGGGGGAAGGAUGGUGGUGGUGGUGGUGGUGGUGGUGGUGGCUGCCCGCUCCCCCUCCUCCCUCCUUCCCUUCCCCCCCAGCCCCAUUCACCAGCUGGGUCAGUCUCCGCAGGUCAAUACAUUCCAGAUAAUAUCAUUCCUCGUUUUUAUUCUCAUUUUUUUUUCUAUUCUUUUUUUCUUCCCAGAUGUAAUUUUUUUUUUCCUUUUCGUUUCGUUUUCUUUCUCCAGUUUCUUUCCUUUCAUAUUUAUUGGUCUUUCUCCCUUCCAGAUUUAUUAUUCCUUGUUUUUUAUUUUCAUUUUUCUCUUUUAUUCUCCUAGAUUUAUUUAUUUUUUUUUUCUGCUUUGUUUCCUUUCCUCCCAUAUUUAUUACCUUAUUUUAUCUCUCUUCUCCAGAUUAAUAAUGUCUACAAUUUAUUUACUCUCUUUUAUCCCAUAUUUAUUCCUCUCCAUUAUUUCUUACCGUUUAUAAUUAUUAUUUCACCUUUAUCCCUUUCUCUUCUUCCUUUCCUUAUUCUAUUUCCUUAUCAUCAGAUUUUCUUUCAUCUUCAUCUUCUCAUAUUUUUUUCUUAAUUUUCCAUUGUGUCUUCAGUUUUACCUUCCUUUUCUCCUCCUCCUCUUCCUCUUUUUUUUCUUCCUCUUUAGUUUUUUCUUCUCUUCCAUGCUUUCCUGUCUCCAGAUUCCCACUAGGAGCCUUAAGAGUGUGUGUGUGUGUGUGUGUGUGUGUGUGUGUGUGUGUGUGUGUGUGUGUGUGUGUGUGUGUCAGUGUAUCAGUCAGUUUAGAAAAAAAAUUAUAAACUUUUAACAGAAAUUUUCAAGUCCUUGGAGAAUCAUUCAGUAGUUAAAAGCAAUCAGUCAGUCAGUCAGUGAAGUGAUAAAAUGGCUCAGGAACAAUACAAAUAACAGCUUAAUUAAUAGUGACGUCAGCAGGUAGUGUGUGUGUGUGUGUGUGUGUGUGUGUGUGUGUGUGUGUGUGUGUGUGUCCAGUCAGUCAGUCAGUUUUGAGAGAAGUAUAUCACCCCCCCCUCUCCUUCUCCUCUUUUUUAUUAUUAUUAUUAUUAUUAUUAUUAUUUGUUUUAGUGUCCCUCCUUCCCCUCUUACAUUCCUACCUAUAAUCAAAAACUAACCCCUCACAGCACUCUCUCUCUCUCUCUCUCUCUCUCUCUCUCUCUCUCUCUCUCUCUCUCUCUCUCUCUCUCUCUCUCUCUCUCUCUCUCUCUCAGUUUU